CGUCUAUAAUCCACCCACUUCAAAACGUGCGAGUAUUUUGGGGCCAGCCUGGGGGAGUGAAUUCCAAAGCGCUGCUGCAUAGACCGAAACAAUGAAUAACCUUCUGGAAACAGCGAGUUUCAGGAGGUUGAUCAAAUUAGGACAGGACGAUGACGAUGGCAUGAGGAGGUCUUACGGUGGGAGUGACCCUGCCAGGGAUGUGGAAACGGGAGUUGUCCCUGACCCAGCUGAGGUGCAAAAAAUGGCUGACUUGGAAAAAGAUAUUAAGGAGAUCGAUGGUGUAAUGGGAGUGAUAGAGUCAUUGUUGGCAAAGCUGAAAGAUGAUCAAGAGGAAAGCAAAUUGGCCACAAGCAGUGCACAAGUUAAGGUUAUCAUGGAGAGAAUGAACCAGAGGGUGAAUGAGGUGAGUCACAAGGCAAAGUAUGUGAAAUCACGUCUUGAGUCGUUGAGUGGCCAGAACGAGAGCGUGCUUCGUGGUGGCGGCCCCAUAAAUGCCACAGACAGAAUGCGAGCCAUCCGAACUGGAGUUGAAUUACGCAAGUUCCACGAGCUGAUGGGAAAAUUCAACGGGGUGAGGGAGGAUAUUAGGAAUGAGCAGAGGGAUAACUUGUCCAGGAGAGUUUUCACCGUUACCGGACAAAAGCCGACGGAAGAGGAGGUCGAGCGGAUGAUGGAUUCCGGUGAGAGCGAAGAAAUCUUCAAGAAGGCUAUCCAAGAGCAAGGGCGUGCUCAUGUCAUGAGCACUGUGGUUGAGAUUCAGGAACGGUAUGAGGAUGCGAAAGAUCUGGUCAGAAGUCUGGUGGAUCUUCAGCAAAUCUUCCUAGAUUUGGCGGUACUGGUCGAGGAGCAGGGAGUUUUACUAACAUCAAUCGAGAAGCAUGUAAGCGAAGCAGGGGAGUAUGUGUUCCGUGGAACCAAGCAUAUCGAGGUAGCCAAGGAAACACAGAAAAGCUCCAGGAAGUGGAUGUGUUGCGCGAUUAUUAUCUUGCUUGUUAUUAUCGCCAUUAUUUUGACAGCUGUGUUGGCGUCUGCACGAAAUGCUUGAGUGUUUAUGAUAGGUAGCGUCGUAGUUAGUUGGGUGUUUGAGGUCUCUCUCUAUAUUGCUAUCUUAGCAUACUGCGUCGAGUUAGGGUACGAUGGAGAGCGCAGCGUGAGUACCGAAAAAGGUAGAGGGAGGGCGUGGUAAGCAAAAGACGUAACAAUAACGUGGAAUAGCGGCGGUGUGUAGCUCUGAAAAAUCAACAAAGGAGGAAGUAGAAGGGAGAGGAGGGAAGAAAGGAAGGAAGGAGGUUCUGUCUGUCUGGGUGACGACGUUUUCAGGAAGAAGGAACAGUGGAGUUGUCGUAUCAUCGGCACCGUUGGCUGGGUUCGAGGUCGGAUGGACAGAUCUAUGGCAUGAGCUCCGUUUUUUUUUUUUUUUUUUUUCUGUUCGUAUGUUUUUGCUUUGAGUUGCAGGCCAUGCUUAAGUAUAUAUACAGGUAUGCAUCGGAUUGAUUAAAGGGUGCAGAGCCAGGAGCUGCCACCACAAAACCUCGUCUUUGCUUUGUGCAUCUGUUGGUGGCUACCAUAGAUUUUGUGUUUGGAUUUUGAGGGCAUGUGUUGUGCGGGAAUGUAAUGAGAGUUGGUUUGAAUGGUGGAUCACACGAGUGCUGUCCUCUGGAAAUGGUACAGGCUUGUGCCCUUUCCGUUUGUGAUGGGCAAGAAAUGGCCGGCAGGCAUAAGAUGCGCAUGGUGUACUAAUUUUGGGCUUGCGAAAGUGUUCUUAGAAAACGACUGUCGUUGAUAGUAGUUUGGAACUUAUGGAGGAGGAGGGGAGAGAGAGAAGGGCGGAGAUGGGCAAAGGAAGGCGGAGGAGGGGGCAGGAAGGGGGAGGCAAGGCGGGAAUGGAAGCAGGGGAUAAAAUGCAAAUGCUUCA